ACCCGGCCCCCUGCCCCCUGCCCAUGUUACUUCUAUCAGGAAUACUCCUUUUUGUGUCCCACCUGCUCUCUUCCCUUCUAGCUUCAAAGCCAACCAGCAGUCAUAAGAGCACCUAGAUAUCUGAUUCUUAUGUUGAUUUUCAUAUUAUUCCCACUUCUUGGAGGUACUGAGGUUUGAACUCAGGGCUUCAUGCUUACCAACCACAUGAGCCACGCUUGGGUUAUUUUUGAGAUAGGCUCUCAUGUUUCUGAUAGGGCUAGCCUGGAUCAUGAUCCUCCUAUUAUAGUUCUGCUGCAAAUGCAAUCACAGGUGCAAGCCACCCAGCUUGUUGGUUGAGGUAAGGUCUUGCUAACACUUUCUCCCAGCUGGCUCUGAUCCUCCAUCUUCCUGAUCUUUGCCUCCUGAGUAGCUGGGAUUACCAAUGUGAGUCAGCACACCCAGUUCCCUAUUAACCCCACUUUAAAGAAGAAACAGACCCCGGGAGGUUGCAUAAAUUUCACAACUAAAAAGCACCCGGUAUGAGAUGCAAACUUAGGUACUUAGAUGCUAAAGUUCCCUGCACUUGGCCCUCCCAAACAAACUCAGCCCAAGUGAACCUAGCUUGAAAGCUUCUUUCUGGUGUUCCAAGACUAGCCUAGGAUUUGACGUGGAUCUCAGCCCUCCAGAUGUACAUGCUGACAUUUCACACGGACCGGCGCUGACUCCUCUCUGGCUUCAAGGUUUCCUGCCUUCUGGUGUCUCCCUUAAUCAUGGGGCUCACAGCUUGAGCCACCUUCUCUAAACAAGAUGGCGGUGGAGAAAAGUCCCUGAGCCUGUGAAGGGUAAAGGCCCUUUCCGGUCCAAAGAUGGGGAACAUCACCACAGAUAACUCCUCGCUGACCUGUACCAUUGACCACACCAUUCACCAGACGCUGGCCCCCGUGGUCUAUGUCACGGUGCUGGUGGUGGGCUUUCCGGCCAACUGCCUGUCUCUCUACUUCGGCUACCUGCAGAUCAAGGCCCGGAACGAGCUGGGCGUGUACCUGUGCAACCUCACCAUGGCUGACCUCUUCUACAUCUGCUCGCUCCCCUUCUGGCUGCAGUACGUGCUGCAGCAUGACAACUGGUCCCACGGCGACCUGUCCUGCCAGGUGUGCGGCAUCCUCCUCUAUGAGAACAUCUACAUCAGCGUGGGCUUCCUCUGCUGCAUCUCCAUCGACCGCUACCUGGCCGUGGCCCAUCCUUUCCGCUUCCAUCAGUUCCGGACCCUGAAGGCAGCGGUCGGUGUCAGUGUGGCCAUCUGGGUCAAGGAACUGCUGACCAGCAUCUACUUCCUCAUGCACAAGGAAGUGAUCGAGGACAAGGACCGGCACCGCGUAUGCUUCGAGCAUUACCCCAUCCAGGCGUGGCAGCGCAGCAUCAACUACUACCGCUUCCUGGUGGGCUUCCUCUUCCCCAUCUGCCUCCUGCUGGCCUCCUACCAGGGCAUCCUGCGGGCAGUGCGGCGCAGCCACGGCACGCAGAAGAGCCGCAAGGACCAGAUCCAGCGGCUGGUCCUGAGCACCGUGGUCAUCUUCCUGGCCUGCUUCCUGCCCUACCACGUGCUGCUGCUGGUGCGCAGCCUCUGGGAGGCCAGCUGCGAGUUCGCCAAGGGCAUCUUCAACGCCUACCACUUCUCCCUCCUCCUCACCAGCUUCAACUGUGUCGCCGACCCCGUGUUGUACUGCUUCGUCAGCGAGACUACCCACAGGGACCUGGCCCGCCUCCGGGGAGCCUGCCUGGCUUUCUUUACCUGCUCUAGGACCCGCAGGGCCAGGGAGGCCUACCCACUGGGGGCUCCUGAGGCCUCUGGAAAAAGUGAGGCCCACAGUGGGGAGCCUGGAUUGUUAACGAAGCUCCAUUCCACGCUCCAGACCCCUGCCUCACCCGGAGUGGUGCCUGCCGUGGUCGGGUCCCCUCCGGGUGGGUUGGUCUAGCCUCAGUCACCCGUGUGUGUGGGCUUAGGUGAGGCCUGAGCCUUGAUUUAGCCCAGAGGCUGGGUGGUCCCUGAGCUUGUGUGGCAGCUGCACCCCUUUUUUUCUGCUGGAGGGAGGGAGGGAUGGAUGACUGGGCCACCGCCAGGCCUCUCUGAUCCCUGGAGGGCAGUUCUAGCUUGCAGGGGUCCAGGGUGCCGCUGAUUGGGGGAGAUGAGCUCAGUCAACCCUGAUGUGUCUUCCCGCAGCUGGGGCUGCUGGGGAUGGGGAGACAGCGGACUGGCACUGGCAGCAGGUUUGCAAAGAGCAGAUGUGGUGGGGUGGGGUCCAGGGCGCCACUAAGGUCAGCGGUGAGACUUGUCCAAGUGCCUGUCGUACUCCGUGACGCACAAAGUUGUGCUGUCACCUUUGACACCCGCUGUAUCACAGGGCGGGAAGGGGAGACUGAACAGAUGGAAGGGGAGAAGGAAUGGUAGACAUGGGAUGGGGGCAGGGACAGCGGCAGAGAGCCCGGCAGCAACUGCAUCCUAUGUUUAUGGGAAAGGUGGAACAGAACCCCCCUCCCGCCCCUGCCCCAGGUCCAAAGGCUGAUGGCAAGUGAACCCCAGGCCUCCCCAGGGAGCUGCCAAAGGUCCUUCAAAAUAAAAGUAUCAAAUGUAGCCACUAGGACCUGAAGCCAGGAUGUCCUUCUUGAAGCUCUUGGCACAGAUUUCCUCCCAAUGAGCUUUUCUUCCAUCACGUUCCCAGAAUGGCAGACAGGAGAGCCCGGUGUGCAGAAGGAGAGAGAUCUAAAUGUCAGGUCUCCCCACCAGAUGAGGGCCAAGACACUGAGAUUCUAUUACUGCUGGUAGGGUCCAUACUCCCCAUCCCCUGCCACACAUACUAUGGAGUGGCCAGCAGUUAUCAAGAGAGGAAUGUGACCCGCUCCCAGAAUCCUCAGCUCUAACCAACCACACCACACGCUCUCAAGGUCUCAGGCAGCAGGCCCAGGAUAAAGAUCCAGUGUGGAUCCAAUAGCUCAUGUGGACAGGAGAGGAGGUGGCCUGGAGCUCACUUCGCCUUUGUUCUCUGUCCCUGCCCCUCUGUGAGAUGCCCCACUUCACCCAUCUGGAGAGAGCAGCGGCCCUUGGGCCCUAUGUCAUGCUUUCCUUCCAUCACAGAGGGCUGAGGACAGAGCUCAUCUCUCUUGAAGGUUUGUGUCUGGCCCUGAUCAGAUUCACAGCAAAUCUUCUUGCUUUGUGAGUGCCACCCCUCAAAGAUCUCUAGAGAGCACAGAUUGUGGUGCUGGGGGGCGGGCGGGGAGGAACGAGGUCCUCAAUCUCAUUUGACUGGUCAAAACCCAGAGACUUGGCCUUUGCCAGGUGUCAUGCCCAGCUCUGCCCUGGUGGACAUAGCAAGGGCAGGAGAGCUGCUGGCUGCUCUGAGAGAAGUGCCUCCUUCACAGAAACACCAGCCCUUCAGACGGGACUAGAACAGGCUCUGACUUCCCACAGCAUGCUCUCAAAACCCCCAAGAUUUAAAUCCUUCCAAAGUAAGAGGCUAGCUAGGCCGUAGCCCAGGAGGAGUUCAGGGGCAGGGAGAAGUUUGCAGCAGUAGGAUAUUUCUGAACUCUUGUUAACUUGAGAGAGUGAACAGGCAGAAUCCUAUACUCAAUCUCUCUUCUCUCUCUUCUUCAACCUCCAAACCAUCGAUCCUACACUCUGUGUCUCUUACCCCUUCUAUCAGAGGCCAAGGGUGGAUGAGCUGCAGGGAAGGAUGGCUUUGGGAUCCUAGGGUUCUACUUGACUUUGACUUUGAGGGCUCCAGCUCUCUCUGGAAGGUCUCUGAUAAUCUAGGACUUCCUCUUCCUCUUUCUUGAGGAGGAAAUGAGUAAGUCUGAAGGUGGCAGAAAUAGUUGCAGAACCAGGAAGAAUUCACUCAGCUUCAGCCUGCCAUCUUACCAGUGCGAUGGUAUUGGCUGAGUCUUUUGUGUCCCUUCGCUCCAUAGCUUUUCCCCCUAUUUUGACCUAAACACUGGCAUUCUCACUGGCACGGGCUGGGAUGAGCUAAGAACAGCUCCACUUGUUAUCAAGAGUUGCAUUUUUGUAAUGUCCUCUCUUUUACACCGAGUCUACAAGUGAUGGACUGUGCAAUAGGUUUAUGUGGCAAACCUGUCUGCAAAUAAAGCAAAGUAACCACUCAUA